AUAUUUAAUAAAGUGCUGAACGGAUUCAUAUUGGACACAGCCACUCAUGGUCAAUGGACUAUAUUGUUCGAGAUGUCGGCUCUCGUCGCCCUAUUACCUGUGGUGUUCUUCAGUUUGUGGGGUUCUGCCGAGUUACAGCCGUGGGCUAUUCCCACCAUACGGCACUCCGCGAGGGAUGAUGUGAAGAACAUCUCAGGAGAUGUUGAUGUUCAGUUUACGGUUCUGCCGAAAGAUCUGCCUCAAUCGUCAUCUAAUAAACACUUACGAAUUCAAAUUGAAUGA